AUGAUUUCUGAUUAUGUCAAACCCCUUGUGCCUUUGAUACCAGGCUUGACGAAGCUCCCACCCCUAGAUCAAAUUGCACCUCCAACCCUCGCUUCACCCAUUCUGAUUUUUCGAGUGGGUACAGCUGACGCUCGAGAAUCUAUCAUUCAGGACUUGCAAGAUGGGCUUGCAAAGGCAAUCGAGGAGAUGCCAUUCCUCGCCGCGGAUGUUGUCCCAGAUGAUGUGAAGCGGGGGACAAUUCAGCUGGAGAUCAAAGAUGGUGCUGGAGUCUGGUUCCACAUCCGAGAGCUCCCAACACUCAACUUUGAAGUCCUAGAACAGCGGAAAUUUUUGCCUAUCUCCCUUCCAUUCAAUGAACUUGUGCCAGAGCCGAGGUUGCACAGUUACGUUCGGACUCCGGUUCUUACUAUCCAAGCUACAUUCAUCACAGGUGGGCUUUUGUUGGUUCUUCAUUUCCAUCAUUCAAUUAUGGACGGCAACGGCGUAGGUAUAUUUGGGAGGGUGUGGGCCAAACAUGUCAGAGCCGUAUCUGAAGGUCUGCAUGUUCAGGAAUUCCUGGAUUCCGAUUGCUUGGACAGGUCAAAGAUCUUUGCAGAUAGUCGCUUCUGUAAAGAGCUCUCCGAGCUCACGAAUUGUCGGCUUCUAAAGACUGGACGACGUGGUGAUUUCGAACGAAAGCUUCUAGAAGCUACAUUAGCCGGUAACACUUCCAUGUCAAUUUUUCAGAUCACCAAGAGGCUGCACACUACUUAUUGGCAUGUUUCACCGGAAUCUAUGCAGUCAAUGAAACAAGCGAUGUCACCAACGACUGUGGGCGCUCCGUUUCCGACGGAGAACUCCCUUCUCAGCGCCUUGAUCUGGCGCCAUUUCACAAGAGCUCGACAGCUGUCAUCUAAGGGGAUAAAGUCUACUGCUAUCGUGACAGCUGUGAACGUCAGGCCUAGACUGGAGCCGGCGCUCUCGCCUGACUAUGCCGGCAAUGCCGUAGCUAAUGCAAAGGCGGUGGCACGGACUGCUGAUGUGGAAGCAGAGAUGCCUCUUCACGAGCUCGCGAGCCAGAUCAGCGAUUCGAUUAAUUGGUGGACCUCAGAGAGAGUCCGGGGCUACAUUGCUGCCAUUGACGCCACCCCCUGCGUGGACAGUGUAGAAAUGGCAGCAGACUAUUUCCAAGGCCCAGACAUAUUGAUCACAAAUAACGGGUCUUUCAAUGACAUGUUAAAUGAUGAGUGGGGAGUAGAUCUAGGCAGCCCUUCAUGCUUGAGACUCCCUCAUAUUCCAGUGUUCGAAGGUCUGGUACUCGUGCUACCUUCGAACGAGGAAGGUGCAGUGGAAAUGGAAAUUUUCCUAGAAGAGGAAACUUUACGGCGCUUGCGUGAAGAUAAAGAGUGGACUGCUUUUGCCUCGGAGAUUUUGUGA